UGUAUACGGAAGUAAACAAUGACCAAGAACAAUUUACACAUGAGCGUUUUUUCAUUCUUGUUAUUUAGACAUUUAUAAACACCAUGGAACUCAAAAUAUGGCUAAUUUAACUGCAGAGCAUCACAUACCCAAUGUAUUAUUUAAUUCGUGUUAAAGACAGGACUUGGUUGGUAGAUAUUAUAUAGGUUACGCUAGCUGCUAACAAUGGCUAACUGUAUGGUUUUUCACACUCAAAUAGCCUCCAUUAUGGAGGUUCUAGCGAAUGCAGCCGUGGCAGAGAUCUGUAAAGUCGUAGACGACGACUAUGCAGUAUUUCGUUUGGAAAUAACUCAAAGCCAGAAAGAAAACAGGGUAUUACGGAGGAAACUGCUGGAAAUGAAGGUGUCACGGGAGCGCGCAGAGAGGACAAUGCGAGAGCGCGUCCUCGCCAGUCGUCCCAGAAGUGUCAAGAUCCUCGACCGAUACAGAGGAAUGGCAAGAGGUGAAGGACAUCUCACUGGAGGCCACAGGAGCUUUGUUAAACCAGCGGGACACAAUACAUGGAGAGAUGACCAACCAAUCACUGUUGAUGAGGGGAGUGGAACCUCAAACCAGCAUGUUAUCGUGAUAGAGUCUGCAGAUGGAGAGGCUGCAGGUCCUGGAGGAUCGUCUCUGGUCAAGCAGGAGAGGACUGAAGGAGAAGAGGACCCACGGCACAGCAGAGACAUCCAGACUGGAGCCACAGGGGACCAAUCCAACACCCCCAUGCCCCAGCCCAGGACCAGAUGCAGCAUCACGGAAUUCAGUGGAACGGCGAACGCCGUCCUCAAGUCAGAGACAGACAAAGAGACUUUAACUGUAACAAAAAGGCUUUUACACACAGGAUCUGACCACAGGUCAGACCCAGAAAGGCUGGGGCCACUGGGCUGUCCUCCGGCUCCUGGCUCAGAGUACUUACCAGUAUUUCAUCAGAGCCAGAGGAAGGAUCAUUCGUGUGGAGAUGGUGAUCGUGACACGUUAGACAAUGGCAGUGAGGAUCCGUCUUGUUCUUACGCUACAGACAUGGACCCUGACAACAUGCUCUUGGGUUUAGAGACCCAGGCUGAUUUGUCUAGAGGACACUGGAAUCAGUACAGUAGUAGUGUAUACUCUGAAGGGGGCCUAGAUAAGAAAGGGGAGGGUCUGGUCGUAGAUGAAUUGACUGUGAAAGUGGAGGGCGACGUUCCUCCCACAUGGAUUGGAGAUGGUCACCUUGGAGACGGACACUCACAGGGCAGAGAUUUCUUAGAUUACAGGGAAAGCUUAGAGACAAAUUCACUUGUCGCGACCCACUCCACUUUACACGCAUUCAGGGAUCGCGACCUAGUGUCCACGUCAAUGGGGCCUUCCGAUUCACACAGCCGUGUUCUUUUUGAUCAGAAAUUGAACUUAAACGACAGGGCUAGAGUCCAGGCUCAGGGAGAGGAAGCCACAUCAGAAAAUAGUAAAGAGAAACGGUUCCUCUGCAUGUUCUGUAACAAAGGCUUCAGCUGCCUCCAGAAGGUGGAGAUCCACCAGAGGGUCCACACAGGGGAAAAACCUUUCAGCUGUACCCAGUGUCAUAUGCGCUUUGCCCAGACUGGUGACCUGAAGAGGCACCAGAGGGUCCACACAGGGGAGAAACCAUUCGGCUGCCACCUGUGCCGGGCUAGUUUCUCUCACUCCUCCAGCCUGAAAAGGCACCAGAGGGUCCACACAGGGGAGAAACCCUACAGCUGCCCCCAGUGUGAGAAAAGGUUCUCCCACCAGCACCAUUUGAAGAUGCACCUGAAGGUCCACACGGGAGAGAGGUCGUUUGCCUGUACGCACUGCGGGAAAAGUUUCUCCGAGAGGAGUUACCUCAAAAUACACCAGCAGAAAAAACAUUCCACUCUAUAACGUAGAAAGUAACCAUUCUACUCGAUAGCUUCUGAAGUUUAUGUCAAACUCUGCAUUAAAGACAAAGAUGCAUUUAUUGUUGUCAACCGAAAAGACCCACGGGUGCAUUUGGUAUAUGAGAGUUACAGAUUUCAGUGUUGAAUAUUCCUGAGUAGAAUAUUGCAUCCAGACAUUGUGUGAUAUAUAAGGCAUAUACCCUGCUUUUGGAAAGUAUUCAGACCCCUUGACUUUUUCCACAUUUUGUUUUAUUACUGCCUUAUUCUAUAAUGGAUUAAAUAAAUAAAAAAUCCUCAGCAAACUACACACAAUACCCCAUAAUGCGAAAACAGAAAUACCUUAUUUACAUAAGUAUUCAGACCCUUUGCUAUGGGAAAUUGAGCUCAGGUGCAUCCUGUUUCAAUUAAUCAUCAAGUUCUACAACUUGAUUGGAGUCCACCUAUGGUAAAGUAAAUUGAUUGGACAUGAUUUGGCAAGGCACACACCUGUCUGUAUAAGGUCACACAGUUGACAGAGCAUGUCAGAGCAAAAACCAAGCCAUGAGGUCGAAGGAUUUGUCUGUAGAGCUCCAAGACAGGAUUAUGUCGAGGCGCAGAUCUGGGGAAGGGUACCAAAACAUUUCUGCAGCAUUGAAGGUCUCCAAGAACACAGUGUCCUCCAUCCUUAUUAAAUGAAGAAGUUUAGAACCACCAAGACUCUUCCUGGUGCUGGCUGCCUGGCCAACUUGAGGAGAAGGGCCUUGGUCUGGGAUAUGACCAAAAACAUGAUGGUCACUGACAGAGCUAUAGAGUUCCUUUGUGGAGAUGGGAGAACCUUCCAGAAGGACAACCAUCUCUGCAGCACUCCACCAAUCAGGCCUUUAUGGUAGAAUGGCCAUCGGAAGCCACUCUUCAGUAAAAGGCACAUGACAGCCCGCUUUGAGUUUGCCAAAAGGCGCCUAAAGACUCUCCGACCAGAAACAAGAUUAUCUGGUCUGAUGAAAUCAAAAUUGAACUAUUUUGGCCUGAAUGCCAAGUGUCAUGUCUGGAGGAAACCUGGCACCAUCUGUACAGUGAAGCAUGGUGGUGGCAGCAUGCUUUGGGGGUGUUUUUCAGCGGAAGGAACUGGGAGACUAGUCAGGAUCGAGGCAAAGAUGACUGGAGCAAAGUACAGAGAGAUCCUUGAUGAAAACCUACUCCAAAGUGCUCAGGACCUCAGACUGGGGCACCUUCCAACAGGUCAACGACCCUAAGCACACAGCCAAGACAACGCAGGAGUGGCAUAGGGACAAGUCUCAAUGUCCUUGAGUGGCCCAGCCAGAGCCCGGACUUGAACCCGAUCGAUCAUCUCUGUAGAGACCUGAAAAUAGCUGUGCAGCAACACUCCCCAUCCAACCUGACAGAGCUUGAGAGGAUCUGCAGAGAAGAAUGGGAGAAAAUCCCCAAAUACGGUGUGCCAUGCUUGUAGUGGCAUACCCAAGAAGACUCUAGGCUGUAAUUGCUGCCAAAGAUGCUUCAACAAAGUCCUGAGUAAAGCGUCUGAAUACUUAUGUAAAUGUGAUAUUUCAGUUUUUAUUUUUAAUAAAUUAGCAAAAAUUUCAAAAAAAAUGUUUUCGCUUUGUCAUUAUGGGGUCAAGGGGUCUGAAUACUUUCCGAAGGCACUGUAAGCCUAAAAAGUAUGUUGCAUAUUGUGUUUGUACUAUAAGCUAUAUGAUGUUCACAAAUGCCUGUUUCAUUACUUCCAUUCAACUAUUGUUUUGACACUUUUAAUAAGAAAAUUAAUGCAAUUCAUCAAGUUCAUGCAGAUUUUUUGUUCAAAGCAUGUUGGUGUGGUGUAUUUAAGACUUGUUGAUGUGUAAUGUUUGGUCAUUCAGUCUUACACCCAACAGCGCUUUAUAACCAUUAUAGACUUACUAAAUAUACCUACACAUACACACACAUACACACUAACAAACACCUACGCUUCACUUCAAAAUAGUUCAGUCAGGUUUGUCUGAUGACGACUUUUGACUUAUCAUAGCUGACUUAUUUUUAUCCACAACAUCAUCUUUACAGCGCCUUCAGUAAGUAUUCAGACCCCUUUUACUUUUUCCAUAUUUUGUUGUGUUAAAGGCUGAAUUUAAAAUGGAUUAAAUGGAGUUUUCUUGUCACUGGCCUACACACUU